GAUUCCUUGGAUCGAAAAAUAGCAGUGUGCCUAAAAAAACCCGCUUACACUGAUUGUGAGUGUUAAUCUCCUGACGUUUGGGAACUACAUUAAUUUAACACUGUUGCAACAUUUACAAAUUAAAUCAAUGCGAAUCUUCUAGAGUGGCAAAUAGUGUGCUGAUGCUGAUGGUAGUUAAACUAACGCCUAUAAAUGAAACGCACGGACUCUGGUCCGUGAUGACUUUUGAUGCCAUCACGUACCUAUACAAAUGGAGCUCGAUCAAAACAAAUUUUAAAGAGUCUGAAAAAUAAAGUUAUCGUUUUCGAAGAUUUCAAACUUAAUAAUAACUCGCUUAAAUCAAUACUUUGCCAGUGAAAAAUUAUUUUACAGAGCUCAAAGCUCUGUCACGGUGUUUUGGGAAUCCCUUCUUUCGCGCUAACGUUUCGACUUUAAAAUCAGACAUAGGUUACAGAAAAUGGGCGAUUCAAGGAAUGGUCCGAUUCCAAAGUCAUUACGUCUGUUCUGUGCAGUCACAUCAUUGCUCGCAAUGGGGUACUGUGCCAGAUUCUGGCGGCUACCUACUCAAGUAGAAAUGAAUUACAAGAUGAACCACUACAAAAUAUGGCCCGACGUGGUAGCGAAGAAAGCAAAUUUAUCGUUCAUUCGUGUUCAAUUUAGACAGACCGUUACAGUCGUGCUGGGUAAUAAGGUCCACGUCAAAGCACUUGGUGACAAACCUCACAGCAUCACUUGGAAAGCAGACAACAACACGCUCCAUACUCUUCUACUAGUGGAUCCAGAUUGGCCUAUUAAAGAGCCUCGGACAGUGAACGAAUUUCCACACUGGAUGGUCGGAAAUAUCCCUGGCAACAACGUCGAGAAAGGGGAAACCAUUUUUGAUUACGUGGGGUACCGUGCUACGAUCGUGGAUAAAGAACCUCACAGAUACACCUUUGUCGCAUACAAGCAGCCAAGCGAAGAACCUAUUAAAUUUGAUGAGCCGCGAUUGAAUGACACGCAAAUUCUUGAGCGAGAAAAAUUAUCAAACUUCUCAGCCAAGAACAUAGCGAAGAAAUAUGGUCUCAGGAACGCUGGUAUCAACUUCUUCCUCGUGAGCCACAGACGGCCUUACGUCAAUGAUGACUAUUUAAUAGACAUAGAAUAUUGGGAUGACUGAUUCCUCGCUAUGUCAAGACCUAUUAUUUGCUUUCAGACAAGUUUGGGAGCGAGAGGUUUUCAGGAAUUUUUCUGCAAUAUACCUACAAUGUAAAUACAACCUUACACCGGUAGCGAUCAACUUCUUCCUUGUGGAUCAGAAAGAAAUCUAUAUCUGGAUGACAACACAGACUUAGAAUCCUUGGCGGCUUUUCAAAUCGGAGCGGUCACCUCUCCAAAUAAAGAAAAUCAUUACGAUAAUUACUGAGAUUUUACCCGUGUGCUUUUAAAAUCCUUCAUUCACUUAAAAUUACACAUAGAAGGGGAAAAUUUAGAAAAAAUAAAAACAGAAGAAAAUAAAUGAAAUUCACUUUAUUCAUAAUGGCCUCAGUUUGAAAGAAGUUACUAGCAGGUCCUUUUAAAUUUCAGCUGCUCCGACUGCACGCUGAUUUUAGGAACCGAAAACUUCAGUGGCAAAAUGUUUUGUGCUGUUAUUUUAUACAUGUAUUCCACAAAUAUAGAUUGUUAAUUUUGUAAA